AUGGAUCCAACAAUUGUUCUCCGUCGCGGCACGACGCCAUACAAUAACAAUCUAAAACUGUAUUUCAAUCAAGAGCAGAAUGAUCGCUUCCCUGCCGAAAUCCAUGUUGCAAAAUGGGCAGAUGACGUUACCGGGGCUCUGAAACGGGCACAGGAGCUCAAGGUUCAGGUGGGCGUGCGAUCUGGUGGCCAUCUUCCCUCUAAGCCGUCACUGGUACACGAUGGCAUACUGAUCGAUGUGGCCUCUGUCAAUCGUGACCUGGCAUACGAUGCCCAGACGCACGAGGUGUCCUUUGGCCCAGGAGUACGCGUCCACGAGGCGUGCAAAGCACUUGAUCGUGUGGGCCGUUUCUUUCCGUUCGGCCAUGCUCCAGACGUCGCCCUGGGCGGUUUCUGUCUUGCCGGCGGGCAAGGAUUCUUCAUGAGAGGCUGGGGUGCCACCAUCACGGAGUGGAUUGUAAAGAUGGAGAUUGUUGUCUCGGACGGAAGAAUUCUGGAGGCUAGCCGCACUCAGAAUCCCGACCUCUUCUGGGCCGCCCGUGGUGGCGGGCAGGCUUUCUUUGGGGUCGUCACUCGAUUUUGGAGCCGGACAAUCCCAAAGAGAAAUCUUUUUGGCCGUUCAUUCACAUUCGAAGUCCGCGACCGCUUCCAAGACUUGCUCGAGUUCGCAUUCGACCGUAACGAUGCCACGCCACGAUGCUUCACCGAGACUGCUGUCUGUACCUUAUAUCCGCAGCUAUUUGAUGACCAGUCGCAAGACGAAAAUAUCCCCGCCAAUUCACCACUGCUGCUUUCGAUUCACUUGUCAGCCUAUGCGGACCGUUUGAUCGAGGCAGAAACACUCCUCACCGCCUGGAAUCAGCUUCCAGACAACAUCAAGGGUUGCCUCAUAGAAGCUAGGCCUACCUCACAACUUAGCUGGGACGAGUUCUUUGAGCUUCAACAUCGCAUGAAUCCGAAAAGUCCAGAUCAAAAAUGGGGCAUCAACAGUAUUCUCAGCGAUCCCAAGGUCUCCCGACAAGAGCUUGUCGAGAGUAUCAAGCCGGCAAUGUGCAAUCUCCCGACGCGGUCUUCAUAUGGGUGCAUCUACAUGGCCGACACUAUCACCCCCGAUGAAUCGGAUGCCGUAUUCAGUUUGCCACAACAAUACUACAUAUCCACUUUCAGUGGCUGGAAAGACCCAGCGCGCAAAGCCGAGAUUCUGAAAGUUAUGGAAGCAUCCUACAAGAAAGCAGAGUUGGUCUCCUGCGGCAUGUAUGUUGCCGACUUUGAUCAAACCUCAAGCUGUGUGCAAUCACGAGACAUCAAAGUUUGGACAGAUUCCGCGCGUGCGAGAUUCUCCCAAAUCCGAGCCAAAUGGGACUCGCAGAAGUUAUUUGCUGGCAGUCAUGCUUUAAUUAGUGAGAAUUAG